GAUAUUUUCAAUCAGAUAACUAGUAUAGAUCCCAGCUUACUAGGUAACUAGCUACUGUGUGAAAUAUGGUUGCUAACAAAAGAAGAAGAUCCGAUGCUGGGUCCAAGAAGAAGGAGUCACCUUUGACAAGGGAAGACAAAACAUCUGCUCCUCAGAAAUCCAUCUUGGAAUCAAGUGAAGUAUCAUUUCCAAGAGGUGGUGCUUCUGCCUUAACUCCUCUUGAAUUAAAAGAAGUUGCCAAUGAAGCUGCUAGUGAUGUUCUUUUUGGUAAAGAAUCUUCCGCUCCUACAAUCUCAAAAUCAGAUGAACAUCGUCCUUUAAAGAAGAAGAAGACAUCAAAAUCUACAUCAGCAACUGCUUCAGCUGAAAAAACCACCAUCCCAGUUGAGAGUUUGUCAUUUAAAUCCUUAAUACCGGGUACACUUGUAUUGGGUAAAAUCAGUGAAAUAAAUCGUUUAGAUAUUGCUCUUUCAUUACCAGAUAAUUUGAUUGGUUAUGUUCCAAUUACUAGUAUUUCCUCAGUAAUAACAAAACAACUGGUAGAAUUUGAAGAAAGUGAUAGUGAAGAUGAAGAAGACGAAGAAGAUUCUGAUGAAGAUUUAGAUGAAGAUGAUGAAAAUAAAACCACCAAAGGUACUUCAAAAGUUAAGGUUUCAAAAGAAUUUCCAAAUUUAUCUAAAUUGUUUAGAGUCGGCCAAUGGUUACGUGCUGUUGUUGUCGAGUCGAACCAAAGAGGUAAAAAGAAACAACACAAAAAGCGUAUACAGUUGUCACUUGAACUUGAAAAAGUUAACAAAGAUUUAGAAGAUGAUGAUUUGAUCCCAGGCUCAACUUUACAAGUUAGUGUCAAGAGUGUUGAAGACCAUGGUAUCAUUUUUGAUACCGGUAAAGCUUCAAAUGCUUUCAUAUCCAACAAAGAAUUGAAAGCUGCCAAAUAUGAAUUAGAAAAUAUUCACCCAGGUGCUGUUUAUUUGAGUACAAUUGUCAACAAUAAUGCUCGUACUAUCACAGUUAGAUUCAAUACUGGUAAGAAAAAUCCAGUCACCACCAUUUCAUCUAUUGAUUCAAUCAUACCAGGUAACUAUAUUGAAACUCUAGUCACAGAAGUUCAUAAUGAUGGGCUAAUAACAAAAUCAUUCGGUUUAGUUGAUUCUUCAAUAAGUUUGACACAUGCUGGUGUUUUCAACGAAAAUGAAUUGAAACAUAAAUAUGCAAUUGGAACAAAUAUUAAAGCUAGAGUCAUUGCUGUUUUACUUUCAAAUGGUUCUAAAAAAUUGGUUUUGUCACUUUUACCUCAUAUUUUGAACUUGAAUGAAAAUAAUUAUGAUAAAAAUGUCUUAUCAGAUCCAUUAGAAGCUUUCCCAGUUGGUCAUAUUUUUGAAACAGUCGAAGUUAAAGGUCAUGAUAGCAAUUACAUUUUUGUUUCUGUCGAUGGUGACAGAUUUGGUCAAGUUCAUACUUCGAGAAUCGAUGGUGGUAAAUCGAACAUUGCAGCUAUAUAUUCCAACGGAUCUCAACAUAAAGCCAGAGUUUUGGGAUUUUCACAAUUUGAUAACUACUAUACUUUGACUAUGGAUCCUAAAGUUAUUAAUCAAAAAUACUUGAGGGCUCAAGAUAUCCCAUUAGGUGAAUUAGUUACAGGUGAAGUGCUAAAUGUUUUACCAGAACAUGGAUUGAAGAUCAAAAUAUUCAAUCAAUUUGAAGCUCAUGUUCCAACUUUACAUAUGAGCGAUGUUAAAUUGAUUUAUCCAGAAAGAAAGUUCAAAAUUGGAUCAAAAGUAAAAGGUAGAAUCAUCAGUAUCUCAAAAUAUACCUCAGAAAUCACAGUGACUUUGAAGAAGUCAUUAGUUGGUAAUGAAAAUAUUAUUUCAAAUAUUGACGAGGCCAAAGUUGGAGAAAGAACUGCUGUUACUGUUACUUCAUUCAAACCAAAUGGUGCUUUAGUCUCAUUUUUUGGUAAUUUGAAAGCGUUUUUACCAAAGUCAGAAAUCAGUGAAACUUUUGUUAAAAAACCAGAAGAUCAUUUACGUUUAGGGCAAACUAUCACUGUUAGAAUAGCUUCUGUUGAUAAGGAAAAACAUAGAAUCACAGUUAGUUGUAGACUAUCAAAUGAAUCCACUGAAGAGCAAAAACAAGCAUUAGAAGAUUUGGUUGUUGGUAAGUCUGUUGUCAAGGCUGAAAUUGUGGAAAAAUCUAAAGAAUCAGUUGUUGUUGAGAUUCCAGGUAGUAACUUGAGAGGUGUUAUAUUUGUUGGUCAUCUUUCUGAUGGUAAUUAUGAACAAAAUCGUGCUAUUUUGAAAAGAUUAGAAGUUGGUUCCUCGAUUGAAGGUCUUGUUUUAGAUAAAGAUGCUCGUUCAAGAUUGUUCAACUUGACAGCCAAAAAAUCAUUGAUUUCAGCAGCUCAAGAAGAUAAAUUACCAGUUUCAUUCAAAGACAUCACUAUUUCUGAACAGCUGAUCCCUGGUUAUGUUAAAUCUGUUACUAAUAAAGGUAUUUUUGUUGGUUUUGCAUCUAAACUUGUUGGUUUAGUCUUGGCCAAAUAUGCCACUGAAAGACCAGUUGAUGAAUUAACCUCAGUUUUCCGUAUUAACCAAUCUGUUUCCGUUAGAGUUAUCAGAACAGAUGAUGAAAAUAAGAGAUUUUUGCUAUCUUUAAAAGAAAAGAGCACUGCUGGUGAUGAUGUUAUCAAUCCAGUCGAUGCAACUGUGAAAUCCGCUAAAGAAUUUGUUCCAGGCAAAAUCACCAAAGCUAUUGUUAAAAGUGUGAAGCAAACCCAACUAAAUGUUCAAUUAGCUGAUAACGUUCAAGGAAGAGUUGAUGUUUCACAAAUUUUCGAAAAAUUUGAAGAUAUCAAGGAUACAAAGAAUCCAUUAGAACAGUUCAAAAAAGGUGAUGUUUUAGAUGUUAAAGUUAUUGGUUAUCAUGAUGCUCGUAACCAUAGAUUUUUAGCAAUAAGUCAUCGUAAAUCUAAGCAAAUCAUUAUUGAGUUGAGUGCUAAGAAAUCAGAUUUGAAAGAAGGUCCUUAUAAACCAUUAUCAUUUGAUAAAUUAACAGUUGGUACCGAAUGGGUUGCAUAUAUCAAUAACUCCACUACCGGUUUCUUCUUUUUGAACCUGUCACCAUCCGUUAAAGGUAGAAUAUCAUUUAUGGACUUACCAGGUGAUGCGUCAGCUUUACAAGAUAUUGAUGGAAACUAUCCAAUUGGUUCAGCCUUGAAAGUUAAAGUUAAAUCUGUCGAUUCUGAAAACAAUGCUGUUUUGUUAACAGGUAGACAAAAUUCAGUGACAACAUUACAAGAUGUUAAAGUUGGAGCUGUUGUUCCAUCAAGAAUUUUAAGAAUUACUGAUAGUUUUGUAAUUGUUGAGCUAGCUGAAAACUUGACUGCUAUGGCAUUCAUUACUGAUGCUUUGAAUGACUACACUUCAAAAUUGGAUGAAGUUUUUGAUAAGAAUGACAUAGUUCCAGCAAAAGUUCUUUCAGUUGAUGAAAAUAAUCAAAAAAUCAAUGUUUCAUUACGUUCAGAGAAAGCCAAAGAUAAAUUGAUUUCCACUUUUGAAGACUUGAAACGUGGUGAUGUUGUUCGUGGAUUUGUGAAGAAUAUCUCAGACAGGGGUUUAUUUAUUUCAUUAGGUCGUACAGUUACUGGUUAUGUUAAGGUUGGUGAUUUGUCAGACUCAUUUAUUAAAGAAUGGAAGAAAUACUAUAAACCUCAUCAAGCAGUUAUUGGUAAAAUUGUUGAUUCCGAAUCAGAGGGUCAUGUUACAUUAACAUUGAAAGAAUCUCAAGUUAAUGGGGAAUUAAACAUUUUGAAACGUUUUGAAGAUUUGAAAGUUGGUGAUAUCUUUGAAGGUUCUGUUAGAAGAGUUACUGACUUUGGUGUUUUCAUCAAAUUAGAUGGCACAUUAAACAUUAGUGGGUUAUGUCACCAUUCACAAAUUUCAGAUAAUGAUGUUUCUGAUUUGACUGCUUUGUUUGGUGAAGGUGAUAGAGUCAAAGUGAAAUUGUUGAGUAUUGACAGUGAUAAGAAACAGUUAUCACUUGGUAUGAAGGCUUCAUACUUCACAGAAGAAACUGAAGAUGUUGAAAUGGAAGAUGCUGAAGAAUCUGAAUCUGAAGAAGAAGAAGAGGAUGAAGUCAAGGAGAAUCAAAGUGAUGACGAAGAUGAAUUAGUUGAAGAUGCUUUCAAUGGUCAAGAAUCAGAAAAUGAAUCCGAUGAAUCAGAUGAAGAAAAGAACAUUAACGAAUCUGCCCCAGUUACUGGAUUAACCACAAAUGGAUUUGACUGGACUGCUAGCAUUUUGGAUCAAGUUCAAGAUGAUGAUUCAUCAAGUGAUGAAGAAGAUUUUACUGAAGUUAGAAAUAAGAAGAAAAGAAAAUCAAAGACCGUUGUUGAAGAUACCACUGGUGAUUUACAAACUAAAGCUCCACAGUCUGUUUCUGAUUUUGAAAGAUUAAUUAUUGGUAAUCCAAAUUCUUCUAUUGUUUGGAUGAACUACAUGUCAUUUCAAUUACAGUUGAGUGAAAUUGAAAAGGCUAGAGAAAUUGGUGAACGUGCUUUGAAGACCAUCAAUUACCGUGAAGAGCAAGAAAAAUUGAAUAUUUGGAUAGCAUUAUUAAAUUUGGAAAACACAUUUGGUAAUGAAGAAAGUCUGGAAGAUGUCUUUAAACGUUCUACUGAGUAUAUGGAUUCAUUAACUAUGCAUCAAAAACUUGUUAGUAUUUAUAUUUUGUCUGAUAAAUUUGAUAAAGCUGAGUCAUUAUUCAAGGUCAUCACGAAGAAAUUUGGUAAGGAGUCAGUCUCUGUUUGGGUUACUUUUGGAAGCUAUUUGUUGGACCAAAAACAAUCAGAAAGAGCACAUGAAGUUUUAGCUAACUCCUUGAACUCAUUACCAAAACGUCAUCAUAUUGAAGUUGUUCGUAAAUUUGCUCAAUUAGAAUUCACUAAAGGUGAUGCUGAACAAGGUCGUACAUUGUUUGAAGGUUUGAUUGCAGAUGUUCCAAAACGUAUUGAUUUAUGGAAUGUUUAUAUUGAUCAAGAAAUCAAAAAGAAUGAAAAGAAAAAAGUGGAAGAGUUGUUUGAAAGAGUUUUGACCAGAAAGGUUUCACGUAAACAAGCCAAAUUUUUCUUUGGUAAAUGGUUGACAUUUGAAGAAAAGAACGGUGAUGCUAAAGCUACAGAUUAUGUCAAAGCUAAAGCUCAAGAAUAUGUUCAAAAAAAUAAAGAAUAAACUGCAUGACUCGUGUCAA